AUGUUGGGACAGAGCAUCCAGAGGUUCACAACCUUUGUGGUCCGUAGGAGCCACUAUGAGGAGGGCUCAGGGAAGGAUUUGCCAUUUUCAGUGGAAAACAAGUGGUGGUUGCUAGUUGUGAUGACUCUGUACUUUGGAUCUGGAUUUGCCAUACCUUUCUUUAUAGUAGGACACCAACUGCUUAAAGAAAUAAGGAUGUUUUACUUACUCCAUGAAACAGAUAUGAAGAGGAGCAUUUGA